CUUUAAAUAUGCCAGACUUGACCCCUGGUUUAUUUAACUUGACUAUCAACUCUGCCAGUGACGUGGGUGAAUACAAAUGCAAAGCUGAGAAUAACAUCUCCAGUGGCGGAAAAUACAGCAACAGUCUCAACUUCACCCUUAUAGAGCCAAUUUCCAAGCCAGUGCUGAGCUCACCCACCUCUCAAGCAAAGAAAGGCCAGAAUGUGACCCUGUUUUGUCUCUCAGAGAACGGCUCUCUUCCUAUCUCAUACAUAUUCUUCAAAGGAAGAAAAAGCAUCUCUCCCCCAGUGAAGAUGCGAAAGAGGGAAGCAGCUGUGAUUUUUCUAUUUAUCAAUUCCUCUAGUGACUUUGGAACCUAUAAAUGCAGAGCUGAGAAUAGCUUUUGCAAUAAUACAAAAUACAGCAACAGUUUCAACUUUACAUUAGAAGAAGAAAGAAGCCAUUCUCAGCCCCUGAUAAUUUCUCUUGGACUGAUCCUGCUACUAUUCAUAAUAGGAUUUGCUCUGGCAAUUCCAUUUUUCAUCAUUCCUUCAUAUAAAGCAAAAAAAUUCAAGUCUACUAGGUCUUCAACUGGCCUUGCUUCAACAAUGAAUGCGGAGGAGUCUGAAAACUAUGUCAUAUACACAGAGAUUGAGCCUGUUAAACCAGAAGAAGAAUACGUCAACUUUUCUGAUAUUAAAGAAGAUGAAAAAGCAGAGAAGAGGGCGUGUGCUACAGUCUAUUCAAAGGUCCUCAUCAGAGACUGAGUACAAGCUGGACCACUCCAUUCUCUAGAGUGGCAUCAGUUAUCAAGACCGUGAAGAGAACACUCAUCUCAUCGUACCUGCAAA